CUCAACUCUCCAGGGUAAGCCUUGAAUCUGCAGUCCAGAAAAACGACAAUAUGGCCCCACAUGCUUCAUGGGUGGAGGAGUGUACUUGUCCCACAGGAUUCACUGGGCAGUUCUGUGAACGCUGUGCUCCUGGAUUCACCAGGGAAACCCCUAAUGGUGGAACCUUCUCCCCUUGUGUACCUUGCAACUGCAAUCAACAUGGAACCUGCCAUGCUGAGACAGGUGUGUGUGACUGCAGAGACUUCACCACAGGCCGUUAUUGUGACCUUUUUGAAGAUGGUUACUAUGGCAAUGCACUGACUGGCAGCCCAAUCGACUGCACACCUUGUCCUUGUCCAGAUCGCACCACCUGUGCACAGGUGCUAGAGACGGGGGACGUGGUUUGUACCAGCUGUCCGGCAGGCCAAAGGGGUGUAUGGUGUGAAUUAUGUGAAGAUGGUUUCUAUGGCAACCCUCUGGGCUGGGGAGGCAAAGUGCAGCCGUGUGUGAGGUGCGAGUGUAAUGGGAACGUGGAUCCAAAUGCAGUGGGUGUGUGCGAUCACAUUACUGGACGCUGUCUGAAAUGCCUGGGACAUACGACUGGGGACCAUUGUGAAAAAUGCAGAUCAGGUUACUACGGCAACGCUUUGGCCAAUGAACUCAAUCCAGAGCGAAAGUGCAAACCUUGUGCCUGUAACGUGGCUGGGACAUCAGGGUCACUGAAUGACUGCCACCCGGAUACAGGAAAAUGUGUUUGCCUGAGUCAUGUAACAGGAAGAGACUGUGGACAGUGCGAAACUGGUUACUUCAACCUGCAGCCAGGCUUGGGCUGUGAGAUGUGCAACUGCAAUCCCAUUGGCUCCUCCUCUUCAGCAUGUCAUCCAAUCACAGGACAGUGCAUGUGUCGAACAGGUGUAGAGCGGCUGUCAUGUGACACUUGUCGAAUGGGAUUCUUUGGUUUCUCCUCUAGACGCUGCAGAGCAUGUAAUUGUGACCCCAUGGGCUCGACCUUGAUGCAGUGCCAUGACAAUGGGACAUGUUCUUGUCGACAUGGGUUUGUUGGAUAUAAGUGUGAUAAGUGUGAACUGAACCACUACCAGAACCGCCUGACCCACCAAUGUGAGGAGUGCCCUGUGUGCUACAGUCUCAUCAGAGACCAGGCCAAUAAACUGAAAGCCAGACUGAAAGAGUUGGAGACGCUGCUCAGCAGCUAUGACUGCAAUAGAUACAGUCGGCAUUAUCGUGUGUGCCAGCAGCAGCAUAACAGCCUGGACAAUCACAUACAGAAGGACCAGGUUGAAGACUAUCUGCCCAAUGCCCUGGAGGACCUCCUAGCUAUUCAAGAGGCUCGUGAGGCCUUCAUUAAGCAGUUCUCACAGCUGGAAGCAUCUGCCCAGACCUUACAGCUACAGCUGCGUAGCAUUGCAACAGCGUUGAACUGCAACUUAACAGACAAUGGAGAAGAUACAGAGGAAGGAAAGACUCUCAAGGGUGAAAAUGAGUGUCAAGAGCUUGUUGACACUAUAUCCUCUGCUCUGAAUAUGCAAGACCAGCUUCAGAAGUUGACUCUUGAACUUAACAGCAUGGUCAUGCUAACUGUAAUCCCUAAAGAACCAAACAAAUGGAACGCUAUAGUGAAUGAAUCUGAAGUGCUAGUGAAAAGUCACACAGACAUGGCCGCUCAUAUUGAGCAGAUAGCAGAAGAUGCCUUUAAAAUGGCUAACGGAACCUAUUCACAGCUGAUAACUUUACUAGAAGACAACUCCACAGAGUCUUAUGUGCAGGAUCUCACAGAGAAUCUGGCGGAGAUGCAGCAGUUGAAAGAGAAUCUGACUCUUGAUGUUAAUGAGACUUUAGUGACACACCUGUCACUUCAGAGGCACAACUCUGAGAUAGCCACCAUUUUAGAGAACAUCACCGCUUCACUAUCAGAACUACGCAGAACGGAUGGCAAUUUCAGCCUCGCAGCGCAGGAAUCCAACAUAACGGCUUUCUCACAGAUGCUUAAUCAAACAAACAUCACAGCAACCCAGGAUCCUGAAAUCACUGAGAGCGAGGACCUGAUGAACAGGACAACUGAGUUGGACAUUUCUGUCCAGUCCAAAGAGCAUUUGAUAAAUAAGACCAGAGAAGAAAUACAGCCCCAUGUGGACAGUGCUGAAAAACACCUGAAAACUGUUCAAGAGCUCAAGCAGUUGACGGCUGUGGCUGAGGGAUUUAAGGUGUCAGCCGUCUCCUCUGUGGUGACAAGGAAAGAGGUUGAGGCGGAGAUCCUGUCUCUGCAGAAGGGUCUGGAAGACAUGAAGCAGGACUGGCCUCAACUGUCCACAUAUAGCAAAGGAUAUCUGAAGAGAGAGAAGAUGCUGAAAGAAAAGACCCUGAUGGAUGUGAAAAAAAGAAUUAAGCAGACCGAGAGAAUGAUCAAGCCUGCAGUGGAGAAUGCUACGGCUGCGAGCAGCACAGCUAAAAAAGCCGAGGAGGCUGCAGAUGCAGUGGCUAAAGAUGCCAAAGUGUCCCUCACGCAGGGGAAACGGACAAAACAUGCAUCUGGACAGUUGCGUUCAGCUCUGGACACCACCCUGGAGCAGUUGACUGAGCUGGAAAGCCAAGCUGCACAGAAACAGGAAACCAUGGAGACAUUCAGUACUGCCGUUCUGUUUAGGGGGUUUCAGACACUGCAGUCAGGGGCGCUGCUAAGGGGGGGAAAGUUAGGACGAUUCUAA